AUCCCCUCAGGCGCCGCGGGAAUGGUUCGCUGAGGGGCCGGGCGCAGGGACAGGGCGGCAGCGGCUCCACGAUCCCCCGGCCCCGCUCCAUGCAGCCGCGGCGCAGGCGGGACUGUGGGUGCUGCUGUGAGGGAAGGCGGAAGGCCCCGGCCGCGCGUCCCCCGCGCCUCGGUGGUGUUUCUCCCCAGGGGAAGCUCUGUAAAUGCGUGGCCUGUGGCCGCUCUGCUUUGCCCUGGGAGCCGUGGCGGCGGCGGCCGCGAGCGGCCGGCUGAGCGCCGAGCGCAGCACGGUAUGGGGGCCAGGGCUGCGCGCCGAGGCCGUCCUCCCCGCUCGGUACUUUUACGUGCAGGCCGUGGACGCCGAAGGGCAGAGGUUCACUUCGUCACCAGGUGAAAAUGCAUUCCAGGUGAAGAUCACUGCUCCUGAGGAGCAGUUCACUCGAGUUGGUGUGCAAGUAUUAGAUAGGAAGGAUGGUUCCUUCCUUGUGAGAUACAGGAUGUAUGCAAGCUACAAAAGCCUGAAGAUAGAAAUCAAAACUGGAGAUAAACAUGUUGCAAAGUCUCCAUAUCUUUUAGAAGGACCUAUUUAUCAUGAAAACUGUGACUGCCCUCAGGAGGAGAGUAGUGCAUGGCUGGAAGAGAUGAACUGCCCUGAAAGCAUUCCACAGAUUCAAAGAGACCUAGCAAAUUUUCCCAUUGUUGAUCCAGAUAAGAUUGCAAAAGAAAUUCCGCAGAGGUUUGGACAAAGACAGAGUUUGUGUCAUUACACCAUCAAAGAUAAUGAGGUUUAUAUAAAGACGUAUGGGGAACAUGUUGGCUUCAGAAUUUUCAUGGAUGCCAUACUGCUUUCUUUGACAAGAAAAGUGAAAAUGCCGGAUGUAGAAUUUUUUGUUAAUUUGGGGGACUGGCCUCUAGAGAAAAAGAAGUCCCCACAGAACCUGCACCCCAUCUUCUCAUGGUGUGGGUCCAGUGAGUCAAAGGACAUUGUCAUGCCAACAUAUGACUUAACAGACUCAGUUUUGGAGACUAUGGGACGAGUCAGUCUGGACAUGAUGUCAGUGCAGGCAAAUACUGGCCCAUCAUGGGAAGACAAGAAUACCACAGCGUUCUGGAGAGGACGUGACAGCCGUAAGGAAAGGCUUGAACUUGUAAAACUCAGCAGAAAAUAUCCAGAGAUCAUAGAUGCUGCUUUCACAAACUUUUUUUUUUUCAAACACGAUGAAAGCCUCUAUGGCCCCAUUGUUAAGCACAUUUCAUUUUUUGACUUUUUUAAGUAUAAAUACCAGAUUAACAUUGAUGGUACAGUGGCAGCAUACAGACUGCCUUAUCUACUAGCAGGAAACAGUGUGGUGCUAAAGCAAGAUUCCAUCUACUACGAGCAUUUCUAUAAUGAGCUGCAGCCAUGGAAACACUACAUCCCAUUUAAAAGUGAUCUGAGUGAUCUACUAGAAAAACUGCAGUGGGCAAAAGAUCAUGAUGAAGAGGCAAAAAAUAUUGCAAAAUCUGGACAAGAAUUUGCAAGAAACAAUCUCAUGGGAGAUCACGUUUUUUGUUACUAUUUCAAACUUUUCCAGGAGUAUGCCAGCUUGCAAGUGAGCGAGCCAAAAAUCAGAGAGGGGAUGGAGAAAGUCCAGCAGCCUGAAGAUGACCUUUUUCCGUGUACUUGCCACAGGAAAAAGGCCAAAGAUGAACUCUGAAGAAAGAAACCAAGUAAUUGUUUUUGUAUUUGCCUACAUUCAGAUUGCCUCUUAAAGAAGAAAAAAAUGGAUUAAAAUGCCAGCAGAUAAUGUCAACAGAUAUUAAAGAAGUUUACUGUAUCAUGAUCUACAUAUAGAAGAAAACCAAGUGCCCCUUGUUUCUUUUUUAUCAUGUAACGAUUGCAGGGCCUUGUUCAAAGCAUUUUUAUAAUUUUUUUUAAAUAAAAUAUAUGUUUGUAUCA